UUCAUUUUCUAGGUCGUUUACACAGACUGACCAAGUACAUUCUAUCACAUGAUGAUUAUUGAAAGACUUAAUAAUCAAUGUUUUUUUUAAUAAUAAUAAUUGUUAUUAUUAAUAUUAUAAACAACAGCAGUGAUAUUAUUAUUAAUAUUAUUAUUAUUAUUAUUAUUAUUAUUAUUAAUUGUUGUUGUUGUUGUAGUAUUUGUUUUUGCAUUUUUUUUUUAUUGGUAGGGGGUGUGGUACAUGUGGGUCCUAUCAACACUAUGAGUAUGCUAACUAAUGGAUAAUGAUCAGUCAACAACGGCCCCUGCAGCGCAAGUAAGAGAAAAUCAUUCUGGCAUCUGAGGGGCGAUGAGAUGGAUGUGGUUUUAAAGGUUAGUGAAUUUUCAUAAACUUGAAUGAUCAAAGAUAAUAAUACUGAAAAAAAAGUAGAAAAAGACAGGAGGCAAAAUUAUUAUUUUUUUAUUUUUUUUAUUUUAAGUUUACAAAGGAACUAUUAUAAAUAUAGCAUCACUGCUAGCCUGCGCUCGGGUGUGUUUAGACGAUAAAUAUUUGGUCCUAAAUAAUCUUUAGUUAAAUUUGUGUUCCAGGAGACUGUUAAAAUAAUUUGUAAUGUUGAAUUCUGUGUGAUAAGAAUAUUAUACAUAUAGAAAAUUUUUUUGUUUAAAUAUCUAUUGUAUUUUAGUUAUUUUAAGGUAGACUGUGUUUAUUAAUAUCCUGUAAACUUGAACUGCUUCUUUUUUGUUUGUUUGUUUGUUUGUUUGUUUGUUUGUUUUUCAAAACAAGGUUUUGAAUUCUGCUUGGAAAGAAAUUUUUCUGGCAUCUCUUUGACUCGAGCAAAUACUGUGAGAGGAGUUUGAAAAGAUGAACUGUGACCAUGAGGAUGAACACGGUGGCCGGUCACCAACUGGAUCAAAAUCCAGCUUUCGUGAAGAUGACCCGCAAGUUCAUUCAGUUACAAAGUCAUCUGACGAAAAAGACUUGGAAUCUACAAGAACACGCCUAAAGGAUAGUGAACUAUCACCAACUGAUGAACUCUCUGGGAAGGAAAACUCAUGUCUUAUUUCUGCUCUUAGCAAAGUGAAACCAGUAGCAUUUGAUGUGCAUAUCAAAGAAGUCCCAGCAGAUGUGAAAAAGCCAUUUCAGGAUGUUCUUAAUGCUCCUGGCAGUGACAUCAGUGAGUCUUUUCCUGUCUGCGUUCAGCUAGCCGCAAACCACCUCAAAAACUCACAUAUCACCGCUUAUAAAGCAACACAUCGUCAUCGCAAAAUCAGCCGCUCCUCCACCUCCACAUCGAAGAGCCUGAAAGCCCCUGCUGAAGAUCUGUGUGCAUCCUUUCUGUUAGCGUGUUUGUUCUGCAAGUUUUGGGAUUGCGUGCUGGCCGUCGGUGACGGGUGUCAGUACUGCGUGACCUCAAUCUGUACAUCCUUCUGCUCUCACGUGUGUUGUUGCGACCCUUCCUCUCUGGAGGACUUCAUAGAUUUUUGCCCGUGUUGCAGCUGUGCUGAGUAUGUGGAGGCAUGCGGCUGCAGUUGUGCAGAAAACACCUUUGACUGCUCCAUUUGCGAUCUCUGUCUACAGACGACUGAGUGCCUGGAGCUCGGCAUGGAACUCUCUCAGCUUCUGUUUCACUAGCUGCACAGCCUCACAGUUAUUAAUGUACUGGUCAUGACAAUCUGAUAAGGCUGGAAUGGAAUGUUGCGAAUGUAAUGUGCUGAUUUCACAAGCAUGUAAAUCUGCUGGUUGAUUGUGGCUGUGAUACUGCACGGCUGCAUUUGAUACUGCAUCAGAGGAAAAAAACAUAUACUGUUCACAUAUCACCUGAAAGAGAAUAUAUCAAAAUAUUAAAAAGUUUUUGUCCGGCUCAUUGCAAUUUGAGAGUAAAUUUAAUUGGUAAAAAUAAAUUGUCAAAGGUACACUGCAUACUCUUUCUCAGUAUUUUUGUCUUGUUUUCCAGAACGCAUAUUUAAACAUUCUUAAAUCAAGUUACAUAUACUUGAGAAGAAAAUUACUUAAAACAUUAAGUCUUGUUCACUAAAAAAUCGAUCAAAAUUAAGUGACUUCAUGCUUGAAACAAGAACAAAAUAUCUGCCAGUGAG